GUGGUGUCCUGUUGUUAUUAUUUUUAUACAUGGGGAGUGGCCUGUGGUGUCCUGUUGUUAUUACUGUUAUACAGAGGGAGCAGAUGUUUGUGUACGGUUAUUAUUAUUAUCCAGGAACAGCAGCUUGUGGUGUCCUGGUAUUAUUAUUAUACAUUGUGAGUGGUGGUGAUGUCCUACAAUACUGGAUGAAUGGCCAGAGGUGUCCUGCUUUUAAAGACAUCUGUUAUUAUUUUUAUACUGGGGUGCAGCCUUUAGUGUCAUUAUUAUAAAAUGUAUUAAAUGUAAUUGUGGGGAUUGAAAAUAUUGCUCAGUAUGAAGCAAAUGUAUAUCACACACCUGGGAGUGUCACAGUGACAUCACUUAUAUCUAUAGUUAUAAUACAGGUACAUGACUGGGGAGGUGAGGGGAUCUGGGAGCGUCACAGUGGCAUUACUUAUAUCUGUAGUAAUAAUACAGAGACAAGACCGGGGAGGUGAGAGGAUCUGCGGUUGUCACAGUGAGAUCACUUAUAUCUAUAGUAAUAAUAUAGGGACAUGACUGACGAGGUGAGGGGAUCUCGGAGCGUCACAGUGACAUCACAUAUCUUUAGUAAUGUAACUCCUCUUUACCUGGAGGUACAGUGUAUAUGUGCAAUGUGCCUCCACCCAAGCUAUUUAGAGCCCAAUACUCUAAUCGCUUAGGAAAUAACCUACCCCUACCUAUAACAUUAGUAUGUGAUGUAAGCAGAUAGGACUAUGCACAUUUACCUAUCGUACCUUUCCUUUGUGAUUUCAGGCUCUUCCACAGAUACGGAGACAGUUCCACCCUUAAGUAUACUAGUUUUAAUAUGAGGAGGAGUAUAUAGAGGAACACAGGGGUCUGUAUGAGUACGUGAUGAUGGAGAAUCACCGGCCCCUCACAUCACUGGAUGGACCCAGUAACAGAGAUACCCCAGAGAGAUGUCCCCGUCCUCUGUAUUCCCAGGAUUGUACAGAGGAGAAUCACAGGAUCCCACAGGAGGAUCAGGUAGAACGUCUUUCUCGUAUAAAGGCAGAAGAUAUAGAGGAAGAAGAAGAGACAUAUGUGACUUAUAUGAAGACAGAAGAUAUAGAGGGAGAAGAAGAGACGUAUGUGACUGAUAUAAAGGCAGAAGAUAUAGAGGGAGAAGAAGAGACGUAUGUGACUGAUAUAAAGGCAGAAGAUAUAGAGGGAGAAGAAGAGACGUAUGUGACUGAUAUAAAGGCAGAAGAUAUAGAGGGAGAAGAAGAGACGUAUGUGACUGAUAUAAAGGCAGAAAGUAUAGAGGGAGAAGAAGAGACGUAUGUGAGGGGUGAUCAGCAGUGUAAGGAAGAGGAGAUCCCUACAGAUAUCAGCACAGCAGAUGGACACACAAGCAGGAAUAUCUCAGAAGGACAUCAAAUGUUAUCCCCGGAUUGUGACAUAAAAGAUAAUGACAGUAGACAGGAUUCUCCAGGAGAUAACCCCAUUACCCCAAUUAUACAUCCAGCUCUAUCAGCUGAUCCCUCUGAUCCUGGGAAAUGUUCUCCUGAUCACUCUGAUAUUGGAGCAUCUGUUACAGCUCUGAGAGUAGAUACAGAGUUUCCCUGUUCUAUAGAUGCCAAAUGUUUUACACAGAACACAAAGCCUAUUAACCCACGCACAGGUAAGGCAGGUGAAAGGCCACUGAUAUGUUCAGAGUUUGGGAAAUGUUUUGCACACAAAUCAGAUCUUGUUACACAUCACAGAAGUCACACAGGUGAGAAGCCAUUUUCUUGCUCUGAGUGUGGGAAAAGUUUUACCUGGAAAUCCCACCUUGUUAUACAUCAGAGAAGUCACACAGGUGAGAAGCCUUUUCCAUGUUCUGAGUGUGGAAAAUGUUUUGCACACAAAUCAGGUCUUGUUAUACAUCACAGAAGUCACACAGGUGAGGAGCCAUAUCCAUGUUCUGAGUGUGGGAAAUGUUUUACCUGCAAAUCACAACUUGUUACACAUCAGCGAAGUCACACAGGUGAGAAGCCAUUUUCUUGCUCUGAGUGUGGUAAAUGUUGUGUAAGUAAAUCACAUCUUGUUAUACAUAACAGAAGUCACACAGGUGAGAAACCAUUUUCUUGUUCUGAGUGUGGGAAAUGUUUUACACGGAAAUCACAUCUUGUUACACAUCAGCAAAGUCACGCAGGUGAGAAGGCAUUUCCAUGUUCUGAGUGUGGGAAUUGUUUUGCAAACAAAUCAGAUCUUGUUAGACAUAACAGAAGUCACACAGGUGAGAAGCUGUUUUCCUGCUCUGAGUGUGGGAAAUGUUUUGUAAGUAAAUCACAUCUUGUUAUACAUCAGAGAAGUCACACAGGUGAGAAGCCAUUUUCUUGCUCUGAGUGUGGGAAAUGUUUUACACAAAAAUUAAAUCUUGUGAGACAUAACAAAAGUCACACAGGUGAGAAGCCAUUUCCAUGCUCUGAGUGUGGGAAAUGUUUUGCUCACAAAUUACAUCUUGUUAGACAUCAGAGAACUCACACAGGUGAGAAACCAUUUUCUUGCUCUGAGUGUAGAAAAUGUUUUACACGGAAAUCACAACUUGUUACACAUCAGCAAAGUCACACAGGUGAGAGUCCAUUUCCAAACUCUGAGAAAUAAAUAAGCUCUUGUUGCACACAAUAGACAUCACUCAGGUGAGGAACCAUUUUAAUCUUCUGGAGUAUACUUAUCAUUGCCAUGCGUUGUUCUUCAAGGUUCUUAUCCUAUCUCCUAUGCUUUUUGCAAUAUACAUGUUACCACUGGGUGAAAUAAUCAGAUGUCAUGCCCUCAUCUACCACUGCUCUGCAGAUGACCUGUGUUUUGCUCCAGGUACUGAGAACCCAGUACCAAUCCUAAAUGGUUGUCUAGCUGAGCUCCAGGUGUGGGUGAUGCCAGUUGGCUGUGACACAGUCUUGGUGAAACAGGUCCAUAUGGUAGAAGCUCACCGACAAAGGGCAGGGCUACAGCUCAGCUUUGUUACCAACCAGACAUACGCUUGUGGGUACAGAGUUACAAAAUGCUGAUCAUGUACGAAAUCUUGGUGUCCUGGAUGGUGGAGUGACACUUAGACAUCACGUAUCAGCCACAAUCAGAUCCUCAUCUGAGGAACAUAGCCAAACUCCAGCACUUAUUUCCCUCAGAAUAUCUUCCUACAGUCAUACAUGCACUUGUAUCAUCACACAUAGACUACUGCAAUGUCCUCUACCUGGGUCACCCAGCAAAAUAAUUGCACCGCUUGUAGCUUGUACAGAAUGCAGCAACCAGGCUAUUACCUAACCAGCCCGUUCCUGCCACAUAACACCCAAUCUCUGCUCCCUUCACCGGCUGCCUGUAAGAUGGUGACUCUAUUACAUAAUCUUACUGACUCUCCCAGCCCUACAUGACCAGGGUCCAUGGUAACAGAAGCAGCUUCUGCCUCCUUACUGCCCUGCUUGCUUACUUCCAUCUGGAGACAAAGGACUGUUACCAGCAGUACCAAGAAUCCCCAAGCAGUUCUGAGAUGUCAGAGGGGCAGAGAGGGUGGUGGCAGUAGUGCUGUAGCGGGGGCUGUCUGUGAGUAAUAUUGUCCCCAAGCAGCGCUAAGGUGUCAGAGGGGAAGGCAGGGCAGUGGCAGUAGUGGGGGAGGAUAAGGAGGGUGGCAGUAGUGACAGAGGACAAGGUGGGUGGCAGUUGUGGGGUGAGAUGUGGCAGUAGUGGGGGGGGGAGACAGGGUGGAUGGCUGCAGUGCAGUACCAGGGGCUGCUGGAGACAGUAAAGAGGUGUAUGGGUCCCACACCGAAUCAGUUGAUAAUUAGACUUAAUGAUGAUUAUUCUUCCUUAUUUCUAAUUAAUCCCUUGUAUGUGUUACUAUUAUUUGCUGUGUCAGCCUUUAUGUGUGUUCUGUGUAAUAAUCCUGAAAGUAGUGCUGCUACCGAUCUCGUAUCAUUUGUAGUAACUUUGAAAAUAUGAGAUAUGAGGUGCACUCUGGAAGCUUACAGGGGGUUAAUCAGAGAUGAUCGCAGAUGUGACAUCAUGCAGCCCCUGGAAAAUGGUCCUGGCCCGCCCACGUUCACCCUUCAGGGAUGCGGCCACAAUGUGUGUGUCUGUGCGGCCACUGCGCACGUGCAUUUUGUCACCACCAGUAAACUGCUGCGGGCCGCUAUUGCGGUUGGGCCUGAAUGACCCCCAUAGGGUUUUGGCUCUCCUGAUAUCUAUAUCUAUCUGUUAUACUUACCUGCAAUGCUAUAAUGUAACUUGAAUUGUUUCUGUGCUUUAAGGAUAUUUUAUCCAUGUUGUGCAGAGUAAAGUAUUUUUUAAAUUUAAAAUAUAGAGAAAAAUCUGUGUAUUAAAGAUAUGAAAUAAAGUUGUUUAAAAACAAAA